AUGGUUGCAAAAAGGAGACCUGGAAUUGUUCUCACAUUGAACAGCAAAAAAACAACUGUGAUUGAUGAAGUUGACACAUCUGAGAGUCUGAGUAAAGAAAGUUAUUUGAACAUCAUUGACUCCAUCAAUGAUCUUGUUGAUGAAGACUAUGGUGUAGCAAUUGUUGGAGAUUUCAUAAAGCUGCCUUCCAAAAAAUUGUAUCCUGAUUAUUAUCAGUUAAUUGAGUUUCCAAUAUCCUUAAAUGAGAUAAAAGCGAAAGUGAGAAAGUCGGACCGCUAUCCAGUUCAAGAAUUCUUGAAGGAUUUCAAAUUAAUGGCAGAUAAUGCCAAUACUUAUAAUGACCCUCAAAGCUACAUUGCUAAGAACGCGAAUAAGAUAUAUGAAUUUGUUGAAUCUAAAAUAGCGGAUACAAUUUCACAAUUCAAGGGCUCAGAAACAUCGAAAACGAAGAAAAAACUCAAAGCAGCGAAGCAAAAAGAUGUGGAAGGCAAUGAAAGUGACCAGGAUUAUACUGUGGACCUCAAAAGCAUUUUAAAAUCAAUCAUAAACUAUAAAGUCCCUUCUAGAGGUAAGUUGUCGACACCAUUCAUGGACCUUGUAGAUGGAGACAUGUAUCCGGAUUACUAUAAGAUCAUCAAAAAGGGAAUGUCGUUCAACUUGGUUAAGCAGAAGCUUGAAGAUGGCGAAUAUUCCAAUGAUAUAGAUGGAGUUGUUAACUUCAAACAUGACGUUAACCUUAUCUUCACCAAUGCUCAGACUUACAAUCAUGAGGAAAGCCUCCUUUACCAAGAUGCAGUGAUCCUUCAAAAGCUUGCGAAGGAAAAACUAAAAAAACUGGAAUCAUCAAUCUCAUCAUCAUUAGAGCAAGAAGAUUUCUCUCUUGAUGAAUAUGACAUGAAAACUCUACCGAAAUCCAAACGGGCAAAAGUAAGUAUCAAUAGAGAGGAAAAUCAGAAAAAGAAGUUACCCAAAUCAAGAAAGAGAACGAUCCACUACGCAGAAGAGGAUGAUGAAGAGAAUGAAGAAGCCGGACAAGACUUUGAAGAUGAUGAGUCAAUAUCUGAAGAUGAUGAAAACGAGGGAAGUGCAAAGGGUACCGAUAUACAGGAAAACGAUGUUAAGUAUCCGGUAGAGCGAGAACGCGUUUCAGCGGAAGCUGCUUUCAUACAAGGUCACGACAAAAAGGCACAAGCCAAUUCUCAUGUGAAACAGAUCACAAUCUCGUCAAGCACUAAAAAUUCAUCACAAACAAACUCGGACAGACUCUAUGAAAUCACCUUCUUGAAUCCAGAUACGAUGAAUGCAAUAUCACUCCCCUCUGACAUUGUGGGACAACCUUUCGUGGUUUUCGUGUCGCUUUCAAACUCCAUCAUAAAUGAGCGCUAUCUGUCUGAAUUGAAAGUGAACAAUGAAACGGUAAAGCCAUUUCCAAUCUCAAUAUCUUACGAUGCUAGAGGUGACGAUGAUUUUUUGGCUGCAAAAUAUGAGAUGAAAGCAGGCUACGGAAUUAAUCUGGUCGAAUUUAUUCUCAAAGUACCGGAACUCAAAGAUGUUGCUAAAGGAGAGACGUUCGCUGAAGAGGAAUCAAAAUUUCGUCGCCGGGCUGCUGCUUUAAAUCCUAUGAAUGCAACAAUCAAUGCGGAUGACAAGAAUUACGAUGUCCAAAGAAUCAAGAUAUGGAUAAACGUUUCUCAAUAA